AGACUUGCCCUGAUUAUACAAGCGGAAAACCACAUCAGUACACUUGUCAGACUAGAUACUGGGACACUCACAGCAUGCUUAAGACGAACACAAGCCAAGCACGUCGCAGACCUCCUCCUUGGCCCAAGGAGCCAUGGCCCGGAUGAUGAGGAAACGGGUUCAUGUCGUCGAAUGACGAUACUGAAUCCAGAGGUGCGGAAGGCCAAGCGCUCGGGCAUGAACUCUUAUAAUACAACGUCUAACAACGGCGCGACUCCGCAAGCGCCAACAGCAUUGAGAUGGGAGACGCGACAAGUGAUGUCCGAGGACCCACCUAAUUGGGAGGCAAUAGCAUAUAUUCACGAUACCGACUUUGGACGAGGUACAGGAAUAAGUUUGCCCGCUGCGAAAGACAUCGCUGCAGAAAGGGCUCUUAAAGAAUUAAAACACGCGUUUUCACUGGAAGAACAAGUAUAG